UUGUUCUGCAGCUGCAGAGGCUUGUGGUCUGUCCAGUUGUGCUUGAUACACAGAGAAAAGCAAAUGGGCCUUCGGAAACUAUACUUAUACAGUAAUAGACCAGGAACAUUUGGUAGGCCUUGAACUGAAACAACAUAAAAUAAUUCAUUCGACGUUCGCAUUUGCAAAGGUGGACGUUUGGUGAAAAGAACCUAUUUACACUGUACUUUUUUGAAUACCUGCUGUUUAGCCAACACACUCAGUGUUAAUGAUUUUACUAAACAGAAAUUUUUAAUAUUGAUGUCAAAAUGGAAAAAACGGAAAUUUUAACGAAAAAGAAAACUCAUCGACGUAAAGCGGGUGGUAAAAGAAGAAAAGACAAAAACGAUCGUUCGCUGGAAACAACAAGUGAUCAAGAGCCUAUCGUACCCGAAGUAGCCGCCUCGCAGACGGAUAGACAGUUGUCAGAGGAUGGUGAACCAUUAAGAAAACAUUUCAAAAUGCUACACAAAGAGAAUCAUCCUCUACUACAUCCUCACAAGUUUACACGUGGUGGAAGAAGGUUGCUGAGACCUGCAAAAGUCCCGAAAGCACCCCAAAAUUCUACACAAUUUAUCAUAGAUGAUCAUGAGAACUCUGCAUAUUUUAUUGACUUUGAUAAAGGUUUCACCCCACCUGGUGCCAGAGAUGAUGUAGGGUGGUCCCCAUAUUUCCAGCAAGACUUUGAGAAUGUGUAUAGGACAACAAGAGAAGCUGAAACCAUUGACUGGACACAAGAAGAUCUUGUUGAGAAGAUAUCCAGCUUGGAAGAGCGAGUGAAAAAUCUAGAACAGCAGUUGUCAAUGUGUGACUCAAACGUCUACAUGAGCCAGUUGCAACACCGUAUAGUGUGCAUGCAAGACAAAAACAGGCGUAUCAAGGAGUUUCGCAUCUGGUGUCCGAUGCACGGCAAAAAGGUUAGGAUGAGAAAUCCAUCUACAGAAACGUCCAGCGAAGAUUGUUCCACUUCGUCAAGCCAAUCACCUGAUGAAGAAGACGAAGUCAUACAAAACGGGGAGUCCGAUUCCAGUGAUGAAGAAAUGACGGAGGAGGAUGUCAAUCAAGAGGUAAAAGACAGUAUCAAUACGGUGUCAUCCGAAAAACCCGAAGAUGUCGAUGAAGAAGCCGGAAGAAUCGGAGAGAGAACUGGAAGCGUACAGUCGAAUGACGAAGUUGUCAAUGAAGAGCCCUGAAUAUCGUAACUUUUUUUUCUUUUUUACUUGUAAGAUUUUUUUUUUUUUUUUCCUGUGUAUGCGUGUGUGCCUGUGAAAGAAAAGUGAGCGGCUGUUGCAGGUUAAUAAAAUUGAAAUGUUGAACGUCA